AGUGGAGGCUGGUGAUAAUGUCCGGUGCUAACUGCAAAGAAGUCGACCCAAGAAAAGAGGAGGAAGAAGAAGAAGAGGAAGAAGAGAUGGUGACAGGAAUGGGAUCAUACAAGGGGAAAGUUAGAAUGGUGAGAGGAGAUCCGUCAGAUGAGAUGAUGCUGCUCUGGGGACUUCAACAGCCAACAUUCUCUAAACCCAAUGCUUUCGUCUCUCAAUCUUCUCUCAAUCUCACCCUCGAUGCUUGUGGUCGUCGUCUCUCCAUUUCCCAGUCCCCUUCUUCCUUGAUCAUAGUGCAAUUCUCAUUCACUGGAACUAUUUCAUCUUAUAAGUACUUUGCAUAUUAUCUAGUGUGUUCUGUUUAUGUGCUUCAAUGUCGGGCGCUCCUGGAGUUACUGGAUCAGUCAUGUGGGAUAGUGGAAUUGUUCUGGGGAAAUUUUUGGAGAAUGCGGUGGAAACAGGAUUACUUGGUCUUCAAGGCAAGAAGUUGUAUUGCAGCUCUUCUAGGUGCUCAAGUUAUUCUUACAGAUAUGCCAGAUAGAUUGAGGCUUCUUAAAAAGAACAUAGAAGAUAAUAUGUAUGGAGACGUGCGGGGUUGUGCAACAGCUAAUGAACUCACUUGGGGGGAUCGUCCUGAGCCAGAAUUGGUUGAGCCAUUACCUGAUUUUGUGAUAGGAUCGGACGUGAUCUAUAGCGAAGAAGCGGUGACAGAUUUGUUAGAUACGUUGGUAGAACUCAGUGGGAUUAACACAACAAUUAUUCUGGCUGGAGAACUUCGAAAUGCAGAUGCUAUCCUUGAAUACUUCUUGGAAGCAGCAAUGGAGGAGUUCAUGAUCGGUCGGGUUGAUCAAGCAGGUUGGCAUCCGGAUUAUCGCAGUCCACGUGUUGCUAUGUAUGUGCUGGUUAUGAAAUGAUC